CUCAAGGUCUUUGUGGCCUUCCCCCACCCUGGACAUUUACGUUUUCCCGCGUUGACCCCGCGGCGCGUCCCCCCCCCUCUCCGCGACUAUGCGCGGGCUGCGCUUCGGGGCCCUGCUGCUGGCGGCGGGCACGUGGGCCGGCGCGGGCGGCCAGUGCCUGGACGAGGCCGGGGCCGCCGUGGAUUGGUGGCUCUUGCUGAAGCACCCCGCCACCUUCGGGGGCGACGGCUCGGGAACGCAGUAUGUCUACGUGACCUCUUCAGACACGUCCAGCUUGAAACCUGGCGAAGGCAAAGUCACAGAUGCAGAUUCUCUGCUGGGUCGUCAGAUAGAGGGCGUCUACUCUGGGCGUGAUGUGAACUACGUCAUGUACAACGACCAGACACCCGACGGAAAUUAUUCGCUCGAGUAUGGGCACAGCAAGGGUUUCUUCGCUUACAAUUCGACCAACGGGUACUGGGUGCAGCACUCGAUCCCGCAUUUCCCGAAUUACCAGAGCAAGGGGUACCUCUAUGGCAGCGGCCAGGAGAGGUACGGGCAGCAUGCAUUCUGCAUGACGAUGUCGCCUGAGGCGAUUAAUGAGGUCGCAGAAGUAAUGAGAUUCUCCAACGGCUGGAUCUACGACCACAGAACUGACGGGUCGCUGCCCAAUGUGGAGGACAUCGUGACAGGGAAGAAUAUCGACAUGAAGGGCACCAUUCAUAAGGAUGUGCAAACCGCCUGGGGCGUGGUCAAGUUGUUCGGCAAGACCGAGAACUUUGACUCUGGCAUGGUGCCAGAGUUGAUCGCCCCAGAGUUGAAGCAGACGAUGUUGGUCCAGAGUUGGCUCAAUAGUGGGGGCCCUCUGGGCCCAUACUGCCCAGCUUCGCAGUUCGACGUCUUCGAUAUCAGGAAGGUUGCACUAGGCGCUGGCGACACGCACGAGACUCGCUACGACCACAGCAAGUGGACCGUCGCAAAGAGUCCGGACAGCAAUUGGUUCUGCGGGGUGGACAACAACCAUGUGAGGAGCCAUGGAUUGCGCAAAGACCCAUUUAAAGCCUCCAGAAUGUCAUAAGCAUUUCUGGGGCCGCUGACCCCCGCCGCCAAAGAUACUAGGGGCGACCAUGUUUUCGUGCACUUCUUGGGCGCUUCCUUGGCGAUUCUUCGGUGCUUCUUUGAAUUCCGUGGAGGGGGGGUAUCUUUGAGCCUUUCCAGGCCAGUCUUGCUCUAACAGCGGGCACACUGAUACUUGAGAAGUCAGGGUGACCACUUCAGAAGUACUCGAGAAGGCUUUCGAACCCUUGCUCGAGGCCGGCUUCUCGCUCUGAGUCUCCGAGGCAGCGCCUCGCUUACGGGUCCUGAAG